GUGUAUAAUAUUUCCGGAAUUAUAUUAUCCCACCAUUCUUAUUCAAGUCUACUUCUGAAAAAAAACAUGGCGUCCGGAGUAGCUGUGAAAACGGGGAAAAAGAAAACUCGAGAGGCAUCAGCGACGUUCAGCGAGAUGUCUCUCCGACAGAACGCCUCAGUCUUGGAAUACUGCCGAACUUCAAUGUCUGCCCUCUCUGGUUGUGCUGCAGGGAUUUUAGGAUUAACAGGACUACAAGGAUUCUUGUUCUACUUUAUUACAGCCUUUUUGUUGUCUAUUAUGCUGCUUCUAAAAGCUGGAGCUUCCUGGAACAAAUAUUUCAUCAACAGAAGACAGAUUUUUCUGAGCGGUUUAUUUGGUGGGCUAUUUACAUAUAUUUUAGCAUGGACAUUUCUGUACGGUAUGGUUCAUGUGUAUUGAAGUUUCCUCUCUACACCUGGGCUGGUGCAAUCUCCUUGUUAUGUAAAUUUGUAUAUAUAAAGAUAAAAACAACAAAAAAGUUUUGUGUUAUUAAUUUUUCU